UUGUCAAAUCAUCCUCUUGAAAUGUCAACCAAAUUCCUGUCCAUACCCUUCAACCAUUCCUUAUAUAAAUAUUAUCUCAUUCAGCCUAUAAACAUAGUUGAGUUUUUGAGUUAAAAAGAGCAAACAAAAAUUCUAUAACAACAUAUUUUGACAUGGCUGAAGAAUUUCAAGCUGGAAUUUGUGGUGAAACUUGGUGGAAUAUUAAUAAUUCAACAAGAAGUGUUUUUCCUAUUAUGAUGAACUCAUCAUCUUCAUCAUGUUCUGGAAGUUAUAGUAACUGGCAAAAUGAGUUUUUGGGUUUGAAAGAUACUAAUAGUAAUAACUUUGAUGUUUCUGAUUGUUCUUUGAGUUUUCUCGAUUCUCCGAAACCGCCGCAAUUAUCGGCUAACGGAACCGGUAGUACUAGUAGCAUGUUCUUCGAUCUCUCAUCUCCAAAUUCAUCGAAUUGGAAUCAGCCGUUAUUGUCAGAGAACAAUUUUGAGUCUGUGAUUCAAGAAGAAAGCAAAAAGAAUUUCUCAUCAACAAUGGACCAAGAAUUUUGCAUAGAUCAUCAUCAACAAAAUCUGAAUUCUAUAACAAGCACUGGUUUAUCAUCAUAUCCAAUUGGAUCAGUUGAUUCCUAUGGUUGUUACCCUUCAAAUUUGAUACAAAGUUUAUUUGAUUCUCAACCACAGCCACAAAACUCACUUUUUACCAACCCUUCUUCUAUGUCCUAUUCAUCAUCUCCAAUGCCAAAGCAACAGCUUAGUGGAUUGCACUUUUCAAAUAAUACUCCUUUCUGGAAUGCUUCAGCUGAGGCUCUCAAUGAUAUAAGAGCAGGAGUUUUGGCUUCAUCGCAAUCGCAAUAUCAAUCUCCGAAUUUUCAUAACAACAAUUUCAGUUCAUCAAAUACUCUAUUAAACAAGCUAAAGAGAGAAAAAUCACCAGAAGCAAAAAAUUCAUCUGAAGUUACAAUUAAGAGGCAAAGAAUUGAGACUCCAUCACCAUUACCAACUUUUAAGGUUAGGAAAGAGAAGCUAGGGGACCGUAUAACAGCUCUUCAGCAAUUGGUUUCACCUUUCGGAAAGACGGAUACAGCUUCUGUUCUUCAUGAAGCCAUUGAUUACAUCAAGUUUCUUCAUGAUCAAGUUAAUGUUUUGAGUACUCCUUAUAUGAAAAAUGGAUCUCCUAUUCAACAACAACAGGGUUGUGAAAAUGUGAAGGAGUUAGAAAGAAAAAAACAAGAUUUAAGAAGUCAAGGGCUUUGUUUGGUGCCAAUUUCAAGCACAUUUCCAAUGACUAAUGAGACUAGUGUUGAUUUCUGGACACCUACAUUUGGAGGUACACUCUUUGGAAGAUAGAGAAGUGAAUCUAAAAGGAAGAAGAAGAAGACAUGAUUAUUAAUUUGUAUGCUAAAAGAAAAAAAAAAAAAGAAGAAGGGAAUGAAAAUAAAUAAAAAAUAUAGAUUAAAGAUAGUUGUUUAAUUAAGAUUAUAAUGGCUAAAAAUUAGGUUGAUGAGGGGCAGGAACAAGUGUUAAAUUCAGCAGCAUUUGACAUUAGAUUAUAGUUUUAAUUGUACUUUGUUUUAUGGCUGAAUUUAGCAGAUGGUGCUAGCUACCUAAAACACCUUUUGUUCUUGCUAAUAGAUAUAUUUGAAUAUAUAUAGUCUUUUUAAAGGGAUGCAUGUACCCACUUUUAAUUUAUUAUUAGAGAUCAGAAAAAGGAAAAUGUGCAAAUUAUAUAAAGUAUAGUAUUUGAUGUUGGUUUGAUAAAUUUACUCUUUUAUUUGCUUGGAAUGGGGGUAGUGGUGGUGGCAGCUUUUAUCACCUCCUUUUUAGAGUUACUUCAUUUAAAGAAAGUGUUUUUAAAUUAGGGCAUGGGACAAUAUUUGCUAUGAGUCAUUAUUUUAUGUUUUCAAUCUUGUACAUUUUGAUCUUCUUCAUUAAUAUUAUUAUGUGUGUAUUGGAAUUACACAAUCACAAUAGUUGGGAAAA